GCGAAACGGGCAAUGCGGAGGCGGGAGCGCUUGUCAAAAGUCACGGAAUUAUUCACCCACUACUGGAUCAGGCCCGGGACGUUCUAGGUGUCGCAUGCUCACAGAGCCAUGACGACGCAUCUGGCGCCGGCAUUGCGCUCAGUAUGUCGACGGACAUUCAGAAACUCGACACGGUCGUUUUGGGGUGAUGCACGCAAAAGUGCAUCUGUUCGUGCUGCAGACGUGCAGUUCGGGCAGCCGGUGCACGAGACCCAUCCACAUAUCCUCAAGCCCGGCGAGCUGACACCCGGUAUCAGCGCUCUCGAGUAUCAUCACCGCAGAGCAGCUCUUGCAAAGCAACUCCCACAGAACAGCAUCGCCGUGCUCGCAGCAGCCGACUUGAAAUAUCGAUCAGGCAGCGUUUUCUAUGAGUUCCACCAAGACCCAUACUUCCUUUAUUUGACCGGUUUCAAUGAACCCGAAGCCGUGGCCGUCAUUGAGAAAGGACAGUCGGAUGUAGAGUACACAUUCCAUCUAUUCGUUCGACCCAAGGAUGAGAAGGCAGAGAAAUGGGACGGUGCAAGAUCAGGCGUGCAGGCAGCACAGGACGUGUUCAACGCGGACGAGGCAGGCGACAUUGGGAACAUCGCCAACACAUUGCCAGCCAUCCUAGCAGGGGCUAGCGAGGUAUAUACUGAUAUCGGCUCGACGCGGCCCCGGAGCGCUUUCGAACGUUUCGUCAUCGGCUCGACCAAAGUUGACGGUUUAGCCCAAGCCUUGAAGAGUUCGAGCGUGCGGCGACUGCGACCUCUCAUUAAUGAGCUUCGAGUCAACAAGAGCCCUGCGGAACUGGACUGUAUGCGCCGAGCUAGUGAUAUAUCCGGAAUUGUCAUGACACAAGCUAUGCGAGGGACCCACACGAGCGAGAAACAACUCUGGGCAGAUCUGUCCUACGGAUAUCGAAGCCAGGGUCUGGAUGGAGAGGCAUACGUGCCUGUAAUUGCUGGCGGUAAAAACGCCCUGGCUAUACAUUAUGUUCGCAAUGACGAAUUGUUACAUGAUGGCGAAAUGGUUCUGGUUGAUGCGGGUGGAGAGUACGGCGGAUACAUAUCGGACAUCACUCGAUCAUGGCCGGUCAAUGGUCGCUUUACCGACGCUCAACGAGACAUGUACAACAUGAUCUUGUCGGUGCAAAAAAGCUGUAUUAGCCUCUGUCGGGAGGACUCAAAUAUGUCGCUCGAUAAACUCCACCAGAUUUGUGAGAACGGCCUCCGCGAUGGCCUCAAGGCGCUCGGAUUCCCGAAAGGCCACGAAGUUCUGGACAAGCUGUUUCCGCAUCACGUGGGUCACUACAUUGGCCUUGACGUGCACGACGCACCCGGACAUUCUCGGACCGAGCUCUUGAUGCAGAAUCAGUGCAUCACCAUAGAACCGGGGAUCUAUGUCCCGGACGAAGACCGUUGGCCUGAGCAUUUCAGAGGGCUCGGGAUCCGUAUUGAGGAUUCGGUCGUGAUCGGAAAGGAAGAAGUCGAAGUCUUGACGAAGCUAGCCGUCAAGGAAGUUGACGAGAUAGAGUCUUUGCGAGCGUGAUACCAAUUGUACUUCUAAUCUGUAUCUUUACAACAGUCUUAUCCAACA